CGACACCAUGAAAGUGGCCGUGCUGGACCUUGGCACCGUCUUCGCCAAACUCUUCAAGCCCCCCGCUUCGUCCUCCUCGCCCCCUUUCUCGCCGGCCGCCGGCGCCUCGCCGCCCAAGUCGCUGCUGCUCCUGCCUCCCUCUCCGUGCCCUCCUUUGCCCGGCCGCAGCGCUGCCUUGGCGCCCGCAGGGGGCUCGUCUAUCCCCGGCGCCACUCGGGCCAAGGCCGCCGCCGCCCCGGCCACCAGCUCCCCACGCUUGGCUGCGCCGCCUUUGCCUAGAGAGCCGGGGGCUUGGGCCGCGCCGGCGGGGAAGCAGCUGCUCUUCUUCACCUUGCCCGAUAUCGGGGAGGAGGGCGCGCCCGACGCCGACCCCCAGGAGGACGCCGCGGCGCCCAGAAGAGGACUGUCCAAAGGAUCUUCAGACCAUGGGUUACAAGAAAAGAGUGAAGAGUCUCUCCCAGCACCUUUCACCAAAAGCAUCCAAGAAGCAAUUAACAACUAUACCUUUGUUUCUGUUUCAACGUUCUCAUCUAGUGGGCAGACAACACCCACCGACUUGAAUCGUUCCUGGUCAGGGAUACAGAGUUACAAUACUGGCCCAUCUACAGAGAGAAGCUCAGUAUACUCCUGGAGGGACGAUGAAUUUGAUAAAGCUAACACACAAAGAGUGCAUCAGUUAUUUUGGGAUGUGGAUGAAAUGCUGUUCGAAGGCAAAGUGAGUUCCCAAACUGAGAAUCUGAGGGCAGAAUGUAAAGAUUGGACCAACAGAUCUCUUCACCUAAGGAUCUUGGGAAAACAGCUCAUUCUUCCUAAUGAUGAAGGCUUUCAGCACUACCAGAGAAGAAAUGCCAACUCUGUAUGUUCCAGAUCCUUACCUAGUUUGAGUGAAAUGACCAGCAGUAUGAAAGAGUUAUGCAUUUCGGGCUCUAAACUGAUCCCCGCAGCAUCUCCAGGGCACAAGGCAUUCAGCGCUGAUUCAUCAGGGAUUCCUGUAGCUGAGUCAUCUGUGUAUUCAUUUUUGGAAGAAGAAAUCUAUGAUGCAGAGGGGAAAAUUGAAGAGUAUCUUGCAUUUGACAACAAGGAACUUGAUGAUGAGAGUUUGGAGCAAAAGAAAUCUCGGCGUGCUCAGAAGAGGACGAAGCGUGGCAUUCCUCCAGUUUCCCCCAAUGCCUGCAUCAAAGAUACUGUCAGUGCAGAGAUAUUUGAUCACGUCUGGAAGAGUGUGAUUGAAGUACUGGAAGAACUAAUAAGAAAAAGCUGGGAAUCAGCUAUUGCAGAGAAUGACAAACAGAUGGAGAAACUGAAAGCUAUUGGAAAUAAAUUGCCACAUCUGUCUGUCCCUCGUGUUACCGUAGAUACAUCAAGCGUACCUCCAUCAAGAGGGUCAGAGGCUCGAGUGGCAUCUUUUGGCUUACACUUUGUCCCAUCACAGCUACAUCGUUUUCCUAGCAAUUUGUACAGCGAUUUGAAUGGUGUUAUGACAAUUCAAGCUAAACCACUGCAACAGAGGCACUCUGGCUUAGCAGAAAAGACUCAGAUCGAGCAAGAAGAUAAGCUACAACCAACAGGUCCCAGUGUUAACUCAGCAAGAAAUCGGCUGGGGCGGAUUACUGACAGCAGUGUUCUUUCGUCUUCUCGGGUGUUGCAGGGAUCCUCUAGGAAAACGCCAGGCCAUCGUAGGCUGCCAUCUAUCAUCCCUGAUCCAUUGCGCUCAAAAACCUCCAAUGUUUACAGCGAUGAAGUUCUUAGGGGGACAAAACUGUGCACAGCCUUAGAUCGCGUUUCCUUUCCCCUUCCACCUACAACACGGAACAAGUUGCCACCAAUAAGUUCAGAAGUUGUUGAUCAAUAUCUUUCCGUUCCAGGAUCCCGGCAAGGCUUUCACAGAAGAAGAUACCCUCCCAGCAGAAUAUCCAGUGCAGUACCUGAUGCUACUGAACGACAGCCGCUUAGAGAGCGCACUGUAGUACUUGAUCAGUUUUCAAGACCCAAUACCACUCACACAUUCCGGUUAGAUGCAUCUCAUAAAAGGUCAUUGACUUCUAUGGAUUUUGCUAAUCAUAUAUGGACAGGUCAAGGAGUACAGACAGGUUCACAAUUCCAUGUAAAGUCAUUUCAGAGAAAUUCAUCCAUCUCUAGGAGGAGAUUUCAGGUUGCUUCCUAAUGUGGCAGAUGACAACGGGCUGAUCAGUACUUGGUGGGAAACUACAAUGUCCAGCUUUAGCGUAAAGAAGGAUGAAGAACGAGUCAUGCAGUUCUGUAAAUUAGUAUUGUCUCUGCAUACGGCCUUGUAUUGAACAUUGUGUCACCAAAAACGUCUUCUAAAUGAACAUUAACAAAAGCAAAUGGAGGCAGCAAGCUAAUGUCUGAAAUGCAGAAUAAAUGUUAGUGAUAUUUGCUUUCUAAGGGCAUAUGCUAGCUUCUAUAGGAAAGUGCUUUCCUGGAUCUGCUUUCUUUGUGGACAAAUGCAAGUAAAAACAAAAACUGAGCCAAAAUUUCCCAUUAGCUUCGGUCUCCCCCUCAAAACUUGGGCUAUUCAUGUUUCAUCUUUCAGUUAAAUACUAAGCAGAUUGCAUGAAAGUCAACUGUUUCACUGCUUUUCAUCCAAUUUUUUUUCAAAAGGUCAGGCAAAGCCUCCAAAGACUGAUUUUAAGACUCCAGGAUUCUCUGCAGUGCUUGCACUAAUCUGCAUGAAAGAGAUUAGCAAACUGCUGUCCCUCAGGAGCCAAGGAGUUUGUAAUCCCUGAUUUUAUUGACCAAGCUCAGGGAAGAACCUGACUGACGGAUAUAAAAAUUACACAGAGUGCCUUUGGAUAUGCCCCGUUUACCUUCUUUGUGCCCUGUGUCGUAUCUAACAAUCUUGCACCAGCUCUGCCUCACAUGCUGGGCAGAGGACUUGAAAAUCAGUCUUUAGGAGACUUUUGAACACUCCUUUAUGAUAUCCAAGAUUGGGAUGAAAAAAAGAAUGAAAGUGAAACUAAAGGGCCAAACUGUAAUGAUAUCUCUGUGGCAGGUUUUCCUGCUGUUUUUUAAAUCUUUGGGUUGCAGCCAUGUUGGACUUUGACACAGAGAAAGGAAGGGAUUUAAUUCUUUCCUCUCCCUCCCCUGCCAACCUUUUUGUAAUCUAAAACAUCCUUCAGGCUGCCAUUUUGUCCACCAGGGAAAACAAGAACAUGUAGAUGUUUCUUUCCCUUUUUUUACAGGGUUUAUGCAUUAUACAAGAAAGGCACCAACUGACAACUGCAUCAAAAAUGUGUGUGCAUGUGGAAGCAAUCCUAAACAGGUCUACUUGGAAUAAGUCCAGAUUUAUUCAGUGGGCCUUACUCCCAGGGAAGCACUCUUGGAGUUGCAGCUCAUGUGUCAUAAAUCCAGUCAUGAAAUCAAAAACAGAAGACCAGUGUGUUGCUAAAGUACUAUUUUGCAAACACAGUGAAGUGUUUUAGAACACAAGCAUCCAUGGAGGAAUUUAGAUGGGGAUAAUUUUGUAAACAUCCUUGGUUUACACUUCCCUCGAGUUGUCCGUGCAUUACCAGUGUUUUGACUGUCAUGAAUAUUGAUUAUGUGAAGAUUUCAAGUUCUUACCUAAUUUUUCUAUUUAUGCCCACUCCUUUGUUUUAAAAGUAUUGUCUUACCUCUUAACCUGGCUUUUCUUUUUCCUUGACAUCACCUCCUUGAAGUGUGAUUAGAGAUCCAGAAUUCACUCUUUGCCAGUAGCUAGCAUACCAAGUGCUCUAAAGCAGCUCCAGUAGAAUCAUUCACUGGAAAAGAAGACUGCUCCAUCUAGCAGAAUUGUUGCAUAAACUGUCAGGAACUGAGCCCAUUUUCUGGAUUAUGCAUAAUAGAUAUGGGAUUUUUAUCUUCCUGAACUUUUAAAAAUAACACAUGCUAAUACAAUCGGAUCUUUUAAUCUGUUGUUUUAGCAAACUGAUUAAAAUGUUUGCUUCAGAAGCCAAAGCAUCAUUUCAUACCAAGACUUUUAUUUUGAUAUAUUUGCUGUUUUCAUAACAUUAGAGACUUCAGUAGAUCACUCAGCCAAGCCGUUGCUUUUCUUAAAGAACUAUGGGUCAACAAUGCAAAAGUCCCAUUCAUUUUCUCUGUGUAAUAGGUGUAUACACACACACACACAGAGGACAAGAAGACUUUGAUAACUAUUUAGAACUUCUCCAAGGAGCUCAAGUAUUUUAUGGGCUUGACACAUCCUGUGUUCACAGCAACCUAGUAAGGUUGAGAAAUUCUAGGUUUGGAUCCAGUGUUAAAUUUCACCAAUGGAAAGGCAGGGGUAAAUUUUGUUGAUUCUCUUGUUCCACUGCAGAGUCUGAAUCCCCCUCUCACAUACACAUUCUGUUCCCGGGCGUCCCCUCUCCCCCAAAUGUAGUAUUUUGGGGUGCAUUUUUAACUGCAUUUAGAGGAGGAGGUGAGGGUCCCAUUCCAUUGAUGAAAAUCCUUUCAAUCAGGAGACAUUUUUCAGAGAAUCCAAGCCACUAUCUCAAACCAGUAUGUUUUUUUCACAUUCUGUUGCUGUCUACAGCUCAAAUUCCAAAGUUUGUAGUACGCUUUAUCAAGUGGGAGGUGGGACUUGGAAUGUUAUCACUGUUGAUAGGCAUCAGUCUGUCUUCAAGUUGCUGAACAAAAUAACUUAUCUAAAAUGGUUGCCAAUGUUGUACAUUUAAAAUAAACAUUUCAGUAUG